ACGAAAGUAAGAGGCGGGAGAAGGAAGUAUCAUGACAUUUUCCACAUUUACGAUUUACAAUGUCCACUGAAAAAAGGAAAUCUACGUCUUCCCGACUGAUUGUAGCAGCAAUAGAUUUUGGAACAACAUACUCAGGAUAUGCCUAUUCCUUCAAAUCAGACUGGACAAAGGUUUUCAUGAAUAAAUGGGAAGGUGGCCAAUUAACGUCCCAUAAAGCCCCGACAACUCUCUUACUAAAUCCAGACACAACGUUUAAUUCCUUUGGAUAUGAAGCCGAGAAAACCUACGCAGAUAUUGCUACAGACGGCGAUGAUGAUGGUCGAUCGUGCACGGAGUACUAUUUCUUUCAUCGUUUCAAAAUGAUGUUGAAAACAACUCUAACGAAGAGAGUUCAUAGAGAGACAAACUGCACAGACGAAAAUGGACGGGAAGUGAGGGCAAUUAUUGUUUUUUCAUACAGUAUACGAUAUUUAAAGGACCAUCUCUUAGACAAGCUAUUAACUAGUAAUCUUGGUGAUAAAGUGACCGUCGAUGACAUUGAUUUUGUCCUAACCGUCCCUGCGAUAUGGGAUGACACAGCAAAAAUGUUUAUGCGAGAAGCUGCUAUUCAGGCAGGAAUACCUGAUGAUCAACUCGAAAUUGCCCUAGAACCGGAAGCAGCCUCGAUUUACUGUCAUUUGAUGCAUUUAGACGAUAUCCAAAGCGAUAAUACAACAGACAGCUUUACUAGAGGGUCUGGUGUUAAAUAUAUGGUGGUGGACCUCGGAGGCGGUACGGCUGACAUUACAGUACACCAACUGCAAGAAAACAAGACCUUAGCAGAACUUGUGCCUGCCAGUGGCGGAGAAUGGGGUGGAACCAAUGUUGAUAAAGCUUAUAGACAGUUUUUAGAGGAUAUUUUUGGGAGCAGUGUGCUUAAAAAAUUCAAAAGUGAUCCAGAUAACAUCAUUGACUUUUUUGAAUUUUGGCAAAACUUUGAAGUAAAGAAAAGGGAACCGUUAAGUUCCAAGUCCUCAAGUAAAAUGAAUCUAGUUAUACCAGUAGCGUUAACUGAGAUAGCUAAAGAGCAAAAGAAACUAAAGGGAACUUCCCAGGGGAUACUUAAAGAGCUACUGAAAAAUUCAAAAUAUUGGGAUAAGGAUAUAUCUUGUGAAGCGGGAAAACUAAGUAUGUCAAUAGAAAUUUUCGAAAAUCUGUUCAAUCCAACAGUACAGGAACUAAUUGCUCACGUGUCAAAAAUGUUUAAAGAUGAACUCGAUGCAGACGUAAAAACCAUUUUGUUGGUUGGGGGCUUUUCUGAAUGCGAGCUAGUUCGAGACCGACUCAGGGGCCAUUUUGGAAAAACCAAGCGACUUGUGUUCCCAUGUGAAGCGAGCCUUGCAAUUUUGAAAGGAGCUGUGUAUUUUGGUCACUGCAAAGACCUAAUCUCGCGCCGAGUUGCACGAUUUACCUAUGGGUUUCAGAUUUGGCCAAAAUUCGACAAAUCCAAAUAUUCCUCAGACAGAAAGAAAAUGGUAAAUGGAGAAGAAAGAUGUCGAGACGUAUUCUUAAAAAUUGUUACCAAAGGAGAUCCAAUCACACCAGGUCUAAAGAAGUCCCAAAUAUUUAAACCACUUCAACAGGGUGAAAAUGUGCUCGAAUGUGGCGUUUUCGUAUCAAACCAGAAAGAUCCAAAGUACGUAGACGACCCGGGUUGUGUAAAGCUAGGAAUCCUUGAAGUCAAACUAACAAACUACGAACGCCAAACGAAUGCGGAAAUCGAGGAAUCGAUUAUUUUCGGGGAGACUUAUAUUAAGGCUACAGCAUACAAUUGUAGAACAAAUGAAGAGCAUGAACGAACUUUUGAUCUUCUGUCGCCGAAUAUAAACCUACCAGGAAAUCUUGUAGAAGUUCGACAGUACGUACGUUCCUGAUUUGGGAAAGCAUUACAGGGAUUUAUCUAUCUGACUUACACUUUCCGAUAUUUGUAUGGUAUGAAAUGCAUCAAAAAGUAUGAAGCUAUUACCUCAAAGUUUGUGUUGAUUUGAUAAUUGCAAAUAUUUUCUUUUGCACAAUGUUUAAAAUACUCAUUGAUGAUCUGUUAACUGUUUGAAAAUUAACGUCAACUGGUCUACAUUUGUUGUUUUUCAUUUAUUCUGUUUUUGCAUGCAUUGGUUACUGUUCUUCCUUAUAUAGUUAUAUACAACAUGGCUAAAAAUAAAUUAAUUAAGAUGACUAGGCUUAAAACAAAUCAAUUGUGAUAAUUUUGUUCAUACUUAUUUAUAACAAUGUAAGAUAUUAACACCUGUAUUUACAUUAAUAAAAUGUAUUAAGAAAAAUAGUUGGACAUAUUCGUUAUAUUUACUUACAUUAGAUUUUACUAUUAGAAAAAAGCUUAAAAAGCUUAGAAGAGGAAAUGUUUUACAAACUGCUAAAAUUAACGUCG